AGAAAGGGGCUCACAGAGAGUUCACUGUUAGAAAACAGAAAAGCAAAGGAGCGUAGGUAGAACACUCAUCUCACUCCACGUCUGGAGAAAGUCACACAGCUUCACCAGUACAUGGGAAGCCCAGCUGAGGAGGUGCUUGAAGGGAUCCUUCCCGAGGAGAUGCUGAGGAAGACAGCCAAGUGAUGGACCUGAAAGGAGACAGCAGGAGAGCGAAACUAAUAAGAAUGGAUGAUCAGGACAGGGUGAGCCAAGCAUCAAGUGUGGCCACAAUUUCUUACUUUCCAGUCAUGACGGAAAACGACGGAAAGGUUCAAACGUUUGGGAAGAGAUGUCAGGCUGCCAAAAGAGACCCUAACUUUCCUGUGAUCAUUCGAGGAUGGCUCAACAAAAAAGAUAGUUCUGGUCUGAAGCUUUGGAAAAGAAGAUGGUUCGUGCUCUCAAACUACUGUCUUUAUUACUAUAAAGAUAGCCGAGAAGAAUCAGUGUUGGGCAGCAUCCCUCUGCCGAGCUACAAAAUCCUCUUCUGCACACCAAGAGAAUGCAAAAACAGGAAGUUCACAUUCAAGGUGGUCCAUCAGGGCAUGCGCUCCUACUUCUUCAGUGCCGACACUCAAGAGGACAUGUUGGGUUGGGUUCGAGCCCUCAGUCAAUCUGCCACAAUGGAGUCGGACGCCAUGAUAAACAGGUACAG